AUGCAUCUCACUCCGCUCUUCUCGCUCCUCCUCGCCCUCUUCUCCCUCUCUCACCUCGCCUCCGGCCUCAAGCUCAUCGAGUCCAAGUCGCUCGUGCCCUGCGAGAACACGGCCACCCAGAACAAUGCCGACUUCACCGCAACCCUCUUCAACAUCGCCUUCACCCCGGAGAACCGGACGCUGCAGGUCCAUUUCCUCGGCGUCUCCUCCAUCAAGGGAUAUGUCACCGCACGACUCGAACUAUAUGCCUACGGAUUCAAGGCUGUCGACCAGGACUUCAACCCGUGUGCACAGGGUCUUGAUCUCAAGGGCCUCUGUCCCAUGACUGCCGGGCCCAUCGAGCUCGACACCAACAUCCUGAACGUCUCUGACGACAUCAUCAACAAAGUGCCGGGAAUUGCGUACAAUGUGCCCGAUAUUGAUGCCAAAUUCCGGGCCUACAUCUACAAGGCCGAGAACCACGAGACCAUUGCCUGUUUCGAGGGCCAGCUCUCCAAUGCCAAAACCGUCUACCACAGAACCGUCGGCUGGGUCGUUGCUGUGAUCGCCGGAAUAGGUCUCGUUGCCUCGGCCAUCACCUCUGGUCUCGGACACUCAAACACAGCCGCACACGUUGCCGCCAACGCACUCUCCCUCUUCAGUUUCCUCCAGGCACAGGCCAUGAUCGGUCUGACCAGCGUCACCUUGCCCCCAGUCGUCCAGUCUUGGACCCAGAACUUCCAGUGGAGCAUGGGUAUCAUUCGGGUCACCUUCAUCCAGAACAUCUGUACCUGGUACCAGCGCGCCACCGGUGGGACGCCGUCUUCGGUUCUUGCUUCCCUCACAACGACGUCGGUAACGGUCAAGAAACGGUCCAUGGAAGUGAUGAAUCAUAUCCUUACCUCUCCCAAUGGCUUGACCAAGCGUGUUAACAAUAACCCGUCGGUCGGAGAAACCCUCAACAACCUCGUCAUCCGCGGCAUCGACAGAGUCGGCUUCAAGGCCAGAAUGGAGCGCACUAACAUCUUCAUGACCGGUCUGCUCUUCUUUGUCAUCUUCGUGACCUUCGUUGUGCUUCUGGUCACCGCUUUCAAGGGAUUCUGCGAGUUGGCUGCCAAGAACGGCUGGAUGAAGAGUGACAAGUUCCAGGACUUCAGGAACGGAUGGAAGAUUGUCAUGCGCGGAAUUCUCUUCAGACUGACGCUUAUUGGAUUCCCUCAAAUGUCCAUUCUCUGUCUCUGGGAAUUCACCCAGGUUGACUCUCCGGCUAUAGUAGUCCUGGCUGUCUUCAUGCUGCUCGCCAUCAUCGGUUCUCUCAGUUGGGCGGCUUUCAAGGUCAUCAGUCUAGCCAAAAAAUCAGUCGAGAUGCACAAGAACCCAGCCUACAUCCUCUACUCUGAUCCAUCAGCCCUCAACAAGUGGGGAUUCCUCUACGUCCAAUACCGCGCUACUGCAUACUACUGCGUUGUUCCGCUUCUCGGCUACAUCCUGGUCAAAUCCAUGUUCAUCGGUCUUGCUCAGAAGGCACCAUACGUUCAGGCUAUUUCCCUUCUGAUCAUUGAACUUGCUGUCCUCGUUGGUGUCUCCAUCCUACGACCAUGGAUGGACAAGAAGACGAACAUCUUCAACAUCUCCAUCGCAGCCGUCAACUUCUUCAACGUCAUCCUUCUUCUCUUCUUCAGUGAAAUCUUCAAACUCCCUGGCCUUGUCGUUGGAAUCAUGGGUGUAUUAUUCUUCGUCAUCAACGCCGUCUUUGCCCUAAUUCUCUUGAUCCUCGUCCUUAUCGCGUCUGGAUACGCAAUCAUGUCCAAAAACCCAGACACCCGCUACCAACCCAUGCGCGACGACCGUGGAUCCUUCAUCAAAUCCCAAACUCAACUCACCACCGAACUGGACGCUCUAGGCGCCACCGCUCGUGGUGAAGGAAAAUUCAACGAAUUUGAAGACGACUCUACUUCCCUUUCUGGCCAGUCUAACGGUCGUACACCAGUCGAUACCCGCUCAGCUCACGACCACCAUAACCCGGGACAAGGAUACCCUCCCAACCGCCCGCCACACUCCCCCGUAGACCCAUCUGUCCCCCUCUUCCCAUCCAGCGGAUCAACACAUUCCGCCCACUCCCAGCGCCCAGGCGCACCACAACACUACCAACCUCAACCCGCUUAUCAUGAUGCGUCAUCCGUCCACUCAUCCCCAUAUGCAGGCUCACACAACGCAUCCCCUACCUCAGGCGGGUACAACGCCUCACCCUUCCCUCGAACAGGUUCAGCGAACCACCACACAAACAGACAGCAAAAUAACGCUAGUCCAUGGCAGAGGGGAGCCGGUUAUGAAUAA